AGGUGUCAAGUACCAGUGGGAAUGCCAACCUAAGUCAUUGAGGAAAGGAAUACAAAAUGCUUGGACCUGAAUACAAUAUUACACAUCCGUCAAUAUACCGAACAUCGACUGCGAAUCCAAUAGUGCUCGCUGGUCUGGUAUUUGAAUCGAUACCCCAUUGGUUCCGUCGAUAUGCUCGUUUACGACCAGACUACUCAUUCCCAUCGUCUAUGAUCUCUGAUUUCAAAAAAGUAUCACUCUCAAAUUCCGAACUCUACACCGUAUUGAUAUUGGCCUCCAUUUUCACAUUCCUUCGAUAUUAUCUGCAGAUUCGAUUGGAGUCAUGGACCCAACAACACAACAUAUACCCCCGAUUUGCCCAUAAAGUACCCGAAUCGUUCUGGAAAUUGACCUAUUAUGGAACUGUAUGGAUAUUUGCAUUCUACUUCCACAUGUGUGUAGAUUCACAUGACAUUUUCAAUGACCCCCUGUCAAUGUGGAUUGAAUGGGAAUCCGGGGGCCGUCCAAAAAUGCAUUGGCAGGUACAAGUGAUAUAUGCAGUUCAAUCGGCGUUCUAUAUUCAUUCAAUUUAUGCCACAUUGUUUAUGGAUUUAUGGAGAAAGGAUUCAUGGCUAAUGUUUGUACACCAUUUUAUUGCACUUGGAUUACUUUUUCUGUCUUAUGUUGAUAAUUUCACCCUCCCCGGCGCCCUGGUCCUCUUCCUACACGACAAUUCAGAUGCUACACUGGAAAUCACCAAACUAUCGUUUUAUUUGAAAAAGCGAACAAAUCGUCAAUAUUACAAAUAUUAUUUCCUAAUGGGAAAUGCUGCAUUCAUACUAUUUGCUAUCAUUUGGGUGAUUUUCCGUUUGUACUGGUACACUUGUAAAUUGUUAUAUGCUACAAUUUAUGGAGCAGUGUACUUGGGACCACAGGAUGCUCCGUUCUUCCCGUUGCUCGGUGCAAUGCUUUUGAUCAUUUUUGCGAUGAAUGUUUAUUGGUUUAAUUUUAUCGCUCGAAUGAUCUGGCGCGUAGCCUUAACCGGAGAGGAUCCAGAAGACAAUCGUGAAUGGGACACAACCGCUGUCAGUGGGCUCAAUCAGCAGAAGCUCGACGAGUUGGCCACUGAAAAGUGCCAUCUUAAACCGAAGAACGUGUAAUUUAUUGAUUUUUUGUUCAUUUUUCACCAAAUUUUUUUGUUGUAUUCCUUUGUAUUGUCGCUAGACUAUUGUAUGAAUAAAAAUUUCAGAUUUC